AUGGUCAAGACGGUAGGCCUAGGCACGAUUCAGUCCACCUCGCUCACUUUCCGAGCCGCGGUGUUGCUGCUCCUGCUAUCCUUUAUUGCAGCGACCUUGGCUGCUCCCAUCGAAAAGGAGAGAGGCAGGGACACUCUAGUCAAGAGGAGUGAUCUUCUCGUAGGAGAUAGGGCAGAAAAAAUGGUGUUCAAACGCAACCCAUACCCGGAACCCAAUCCCAUACCUGCACCUGAGCCAGCGGCCAAGAUUGUAAAGCAUGUAAAAGCGCUCUGCGAAGGUCCUAUCUGCAAUCAUGCCGCUUUCUACGGCUGA